AUGACCCGUCCGGGAUGCCCACGAGGUCUGCGGCUGACGUCUGCUGGGUCAGUGGCGGGAGGGAGCUGCCCGUCUUCACUUCUGUCCCCCUGGAGAAAAGGCGGCGAGGGCGAUGCGGCACCUUUUAUGGCCGUGUGGCCAGACCCCAGGAUUCAGAGUCCACCCCAAAUUGGGGUCCUUAGAGCCCCCUGUGCCGGCUGUGCCUCGUGCCGUGCCCGCUGUCGUGCAGAGAGGAGCCUCUCUCAGGCCGAGGGAGCCAUGGUGCCCAGGGGCCUGGCAGUGCCAAGCCAGCCCAUCUGCCGCCACGCUGUGGGCGUCACAGGGUGUCUGGCCUUGCAGGACCUCGUGACCUUCCAGGAUGUGUCCGUGGACUUCACCCGCGAUGAGUGGAUGCGCCUGGACCGUCCUCAGAGGGACCUGUACCGGGACGUGAUGCUGGAGAACUACCGGAACCUGGUCCUGGUCUCCCUGGGGCGCCCGAUUUCCAAACCAGACGUGAUCUCCCGGCUGGAGCGAGGAGGGAUACCGUGGGUGCUGAAGAAAGGAGCCACAGGACUAGCGGCUUCUGCCACGGAGACAAAGUCUGAAACCAAGGAGUCUGUUUCAAAGCUAUUCCUGUCUCUGGAGGCAUCCUCCCUGGAGAGAACCGUGAAGGAUAGUCCUCAAGGGUGCAAGUCGGGACAAGCUGGUGAAUACAGCAGCCGGUCAGAACAGCAGGUGGGGAACCAGGAGGUCGAGUCCAGGCACAGCAGAGUGACCCCCAAGAAAAUCCCCAACAAAGGAAAAGGCCACGAAUACAAGAAGUUUGGAAGAUUCAGCCUAGAGGCAAACAUUUUUCCUCAACAGAAACUUCCUCGAGGAAAGUUGCUCCGUAAAAACGAUGGCCGUGGAAAGAGUUUCAAACAGUAUUCAGACCUGGCAAAAGGCACAAAAAUCUCCUCAGGGAAGAGACUUUCGAAGUACGAUGAAUGUAGUAGUAAGUCCUUUGGUCAUGACGUAGACCUUCUGCAAUAUGGCAUGCAGAACGGAGAGAAGCCUUAUGAAUGUCGUGAAUGUGGGAAAGCCUUUAGCCGGAGAACAAACCUCACCGUCCAUCAGAGAAUUCACACUGGAGAGAAACCUCACAAAUGUACUGAGUGUGGGAAGGCCUUCAUCCAGAGUGCACAGCUUACAGUCCACCAGAGGAUUCAUACUGGGGAAAAGCCACACAAAUGUGGGGAGUGUGGGAAGGCCUUCAUCCAGAGAGCCCAGCUGGCUGUCCAUCAGAGGAUUCACACUGGCGAGAAGCCCCACAAGUGUAAUGAAUGCGGGAAGGCCUUUAUCUCUAGGACACACCUGACCGUCCACCAGAGAAUUCAUACUGGAGAGAGACCCUAUAAAUGUAACGAAUGUGGGAAGGCCUUCAUCCAGAGGGCCCAGCUGGCUAUUCAUCAAGGCACUCACAUUGGGGAGAAUCCCCAUAUAUGUAGCGAAUGUGGCAAAGCCUUUAACCACAUAUCAGCCCUUCAUUCCCAUCAAAGAAUUCACACCGGAGAGAAGCCUUUCAAGUGUAGUGAAUGCGACAAAGCCUUCAAUCACUACUCUUCACUGGCACAUCACCAGAAAAUCCACAUCAGAGGGAAUCCUUUCGAAUGUAAUGAAUGUGGGAAAGCCUUCAACCGGAGAUCCUUUCUCACUUACCACCAGAGGAUUCACACUGGAGAGAAGCCUCACAAGUGUAACGAAUGUGGGAAAGCCUUCAGCUACAAGUCUUCCCUCACCCAGCAUCAGAAAAUUCAUACAGGAGGCAAACUCAUCUGUAACGAAUGUGGGAAAGCCUUUAAUGGCAAAGCACUCCUCAUGUACCACCAGCGAAUUCACACCGGAGAGAAGCCCUACAAGUGUAAUGAGUGUGGCAAGGCCUUCAACUGCAAUUCCUCCCUGACUCACCAUCAGAAAACACAUACUGGGUGGAGACCUUAUGAAUGUACUGAGUGUGGGAAAGCCUUCAGCAGGAGCACGCACCUCACGGAACAUCUGAGAAUCCACACAGGAGAGAAGCCCCAUAAAUGCAAUGACUGUGGGAAGGCUUUCAUCCAGUUCACCCAUCUAACUGUCCAUCAGAGAAUUCAUACCGGAGAGAAGCCCCACAAAUGUAACGAAUGUGGAAAGGCCUUCAAAUACAGGUCAUCCUUUACGUCCCACCGAAGAAUUCAUACUGGAGAGAAGCCUCAUAAGUGUAAUGUGUGUGGGAAGGCUUUCACCCAGAUCACACAUCUCACCGUGCACCAGAGAACUCAUACUGGAGAGAAACCUUAUGAAUGUAAUGUGUGUGGGAAAGCCUUCAAACACAGCUCCUCCCUGACUUCCCAUUACAGAACUCAUGUUGGGGAGAAACGAUAAGUCAGUGAGUGUGGGUCAUCCUUUCCCCUUCAUCAGCGUCAGAGAUUACAAACGGUAUAAAAGUCCAAAUGAGAAUUUUCAACCACUCCUCACCUCUUACCAUCCAGGAAUUCCUCUUGCAGAGAAGCCUUAUAAAAACAGCCCUGUGAAUGUAAGGAGUGUGGAAUCACCGAAGUAGGAACAGUUCCCAUCCUGGCCAUCCCGAGACUUUUCCCCUUUCCUCAAGGCUCUUCUAAGCCCAGCGCCUCCCAUUUAGAGCUGGUAACAGCUGCGUAUCUCCCAGUGUACAGUCUCUCAGCCUCACGCCUCACCCCUCAGUCCUUGACCUUAUCUUCUUUGGGUCCUACGAGAAGCUUAUCCUUCCUUUGUGCUUGUGCCCUGGAGCCCAUCCUUUCCUGCCUCUUCCAAACUCUUCUGUCUCUUUGGUCAUUUCCUUAUCCUGAAAAUCUUCUUAGCCAUCUGCAAGCAUCCUUGUCUCUCUGGUACUUCAAAACAAAAUGCUUCCUUCUCUGUCAUCACAGCCAUUUAUUUCCCUGGCUUCUUCUGCACACUUACUGCAAAUGUUCUCUUUCAAGAGACAUUUCCAGCAUCCUACUGAACCUAAUCUAAAGGUCCCAAUGACUUGUCCCCAGUUAUAAUCAAUAUCUAGUCAGUUCUCAUCUUCCUCAGCCUCUUUGAAGCAUUAGACAUUGCUGGCAAUUCUGUCCUCCCUUGGCUCCAGGAAAGCUGCUCUGCCCAGAUUUUCUCACCUCUUUCAUUGUCUCUUUAAAUAGUUCAUUCCCUUUCAGACUCCUUAAGGUAGGGUAAGGUGCCCCAACAUUCUGUUCUUGGCUCUGAUUUCUCUCAACAUGUUUUGCAAUUGAACCUUUCCCAACUUGAGCCAUAUGUCUGUGCAGCUAACAUGUUACUCCAUUUCAUACACCUCUUCAGUGCAUUCUGACUUGUUUCAGAGAUAGAGGUCUUGAAAUAAAA